UUCAAGAUGGCGGCGAGCAGGAGGCUGGCCAAGGAACUUGAAGAGAUUCGCAGGUCUGGAAUGAAGAACUUCAGAAACAUUCAAGUCGAGGAGUCAAACCUAUUGUCAUGGCAAGGGCUCAUUGUUCCUGACAACCCUCCCUAUGACAAAGGUGCAUUCAGGAUCGAAAUCAUUUUCCCCACUGAAUACCCUUUCAAGCCUCCCAAGAUCACAUUCAAGACAAAGAUCUAUCACCCCAACAUUGAUGAGAAGGGCCAGGUGUGCUUGCCUGUGAUCAGUGCAGAGAACUGGAAGCCUGCUACCAAAACUGACCAAGUAAUUCAGUCCCUCAUUGCGCUGGUGAACGACCCCCAGCCGGAGCACCCCCUGAGGGCAGACCUAGCAGAAGAAUACUCAAAGGACCGUAAAAAAUUCUUGAAGAAUGCUGAAGAGUUUACAAAGAAACACGGCGAAAAGCGGCCAAUGGACUGAUCACCUGACGAGCGUGUAGCCCUCUCUCUGUCUCUUUCUCCCCCUCUCCUCUUAUCUCACCCGCCCGACCAAAUACCAAACCUCCUCUUCUCGCCUCUCUGCUCUCCCCCCACACCUCGCCACCCUCCUCGCUCACUCCCUCCCCCUUUCUCCCCCACACUAGUCCUCCCUGCAGCCCAGGAGCUGCCCAGCUGAAGCCCGGCAGUGGCAGCCUAAGCUGCCCUCCCCAUCCAGGACUCUCUGUGGAUCAGACAGCUUCCUCCCCCACCUCUUCCUCCUCCUACUCCUCCUCGGCCAUAAAUAUCCAGACCAUUUCUAACUUUCUACUCUUUUCUUAAAGUGAAAAAUGGAAAUUGAAAUGCUAAGGGAACACAAUGUUCAGAUGAAGUUAGAUGGAAAUACUCAGAGUAAUGUGUUGAUUUUCUGUUGGCUUUUCCUCCAUAUAAACAGCUCUUGUGUUGAAUAGAUCUCACUAGACAUGACUUUUCUCAAGUAUUUUAUUUUUGCAGAGCAGGAGAAGUGAUUGAUUUAUUCUGUUUUUCUUUUGCCCCAUCAAUAAUCAAACGUGACAGACAGAAGCAGCUGUAGUUAGGACCUGGAGGUGUUUCCCUCCCCUCCUCUGCUUCUAGACUUGCACUGUCCUCUGUGGAACAAUCCCUUAUACACACACACACAGGUUAAAAUCCACUCAGCAGAAACAUACAGUCACAGGCCACAUACAUGAUUUAAAUAGUUGUUGCUGUAAAUGCUACAGAAAAGUAAAAUCAGUUGAUUUCCAAACACGCAGCUCUCAUCAACAGCAGUACCAUCCAAAUGUUGUCAGAUGUACGUUGAGAUGCUGUUAAACUGUUUCCUGCAUCACAAACGGCUGCUGUCACUUUCUUUUCCUGGGUAACAAUCAUUUUCUCUCACCACCUCCACAUGUUUUACUUUGACACUUGAUGUAUUAAAUUGAUGGGAAUGUGGGAAGAGCCUGUUCAGUUAAUUUGAAUCUUCCACGCAUGUCUCCUCUCCCACCUGUAUAACCACCUGUCACAUCAGAGGCAGAGCCCUUUACCACACUGAGACAUAUUCCAGCAGCAGGUUGUCAGCUGCCCGGCUGAAAGGGACCCGGCUCAUCGGGAGGGGAGGGGAGGGGGAGGGAAAGCUGGAGGAGGAGGCGCUCAGCUGGAAGGGAGCUCAGCUCCUGGGGGUGGUCCUAGAAACAAGCACCUUGAAGGCAGCUGGGAGCGGAUUGGCUGUCCGGGGAUGUGUCAGGACAUGGGAAGGGACUGCAGUGGCCAAAAUUCCACCAUGUAACAGCUGUUUGAUCUGGUCCCAAUAUUGUUUCAUAAUAAAGAUGGCUAACCAUUUGGCCUCACUGUC